AUUAAAUUCUUCCAAAAGAUGGAUACUUCUGACGAAUGUUCAACUAGUAAAAUAAUUUCUUUAAAUAAUGACAACGAAAAUCUUCAAUUCUCUCUAAGUGCAAUUAUUCAAGCCCAUUCGGAUGAUGCUAAAUGUGUUAUUGAAACUCCUACAGGAACAUUAAUUAGUGGCGGAAGAGAUGGUUUUAUGAAAAUUUGGACUAACGAAGGCAUAAAUUGGACAAAUACUUCAACUGUUCAACAAAAAGAUUGUCUUGCAAUAAAUUCAAUAGCCUUAGGUUCCGCUCCAGAUGCUGGUUUUGAAAGUUUAAUUUUUCUUGGAAGGAAAAAUGGGUCAGUAGCUAUUUAUAAUGCUUCAAAUACAGAAGAACCUGUUAAAGUUUUACAAGGGCAUAAAUCUAAUGUUUGUGCUCUCUAUUUUGACGAUAAAACUGGGUUUUUAAUGAGCGGAUCUUGGGACCACAAUGCUGUUGUUUGGCCGUUAGAACUUUUGUUGAAAGAAGGUCCCGAUAGGGUUCCAAUUGGAUUUUUGUCUGGACAUAAAUGCUCUGUUUGGGCUGUUGCAACUGUUCCUUCAAAAUUUCCAAAAUUUCUUACUGGUUCUGCUGAUAAGUCAAUUAAACUUUGGUCGAAGGAUUAUGAUGUUAUUACUGAAUUUUUUGGGCACACCGAUGUUGUUCGUUCUUUAAUUGUAAUUUCUGAAUUAUAUUUCUUCUCAACAUCCAAUGAUGCAACAAUUAUUCUUUGGGAUAUUCCAAAUUGUACAAGACUUCGAAACUUUCUACCUCAACAUGAUAAUUUUAUAUACACAAUGUCUCUACUCCAUAUUCCUUCCAAAGACGAUUUUUUACUUUCUGCUGGAGAGGGUGGUUGUAUUGAUAUAUGGAAGUUGGAAGCUGAUGCAAAUUUGAUUCACAAAUUUUCUAUGAAGGUUCCUGUCCAAAGUAUUUGGUCAAUUUCUGCACUGCGGAAUGGCGAUUUUGCAAUUGCUUCGAGUUCCGGAAUGGUUUUAAUCUUCACAGCUGACCCAUCGAGACGAGCUCCUGAUGACAUUCAAGAAUUUUUCUAUUCCAGCCAAUAUGAGGAACUUGCAUUUAAAGAAAAAGAAACCCAAGCAGCAAAGGAUCCCUCGUUUGAUAUGUCUCGCUUUUCUACUAAAAAUGACAAUAUUGCUGCAAAUGAUGGAUUUUUCCAUCAAGUUGUUACUGAACAAAAUGGAAAUGCUGCAGAUUACCAGGAUCCUAUUACUGGCUCCGGACGUUAUGUUCCUGGAAGUUCUUCAGUCAAACCCGUUUCUAUUGAUAAAAAACGUCCUCAAAACAAUUUUGUGCCUUUAGGAGAUUUUUAUUCAUUUGGAAAGGAAGGUGUUUCACAAAAAUUAUUUGCUUGUCUUUUAGACAUGAAUUUGACUUUAUUUCAACCUUUAAAAAUGACUGAUGAUGAGAUUUGUGCGGCUUCUCAAAUUUUAAAAGAUAAUACUGAAUUUGAAAUCACUGAAUGUCAUGUUGUUACUUUAGAGAAGGCAUUGGAAUGGCCGUUGGAACGUGCUGUACCUGCUUUGGACCUGUUUAGAAUUGCUCUUUUACAUCCAAAAUUAAAUGAAAUUUUUUGUUCUCUUAAGCCAGUGCUAGGAAAUCCACCAAAAGGCCAGUCAACAAUCUCUCGUUUACUUUCUCUCCUUACAAAAGAUUCUCCAGACCCCAUUCUUAUUCUUUCAUGUCGAUCACUUGCAAAUGCUGCCAGUCAUAGUUAUGGGCGUGAAAUGUUGUUAUCAGCAACUUCUGCUUUUUCUUCUUUCAUUCCAGAACAGCUUUAUUCAUCAAAACAGGCAUUACAGAUUUCUUCUGCAACGGCAUUAGCAAAUUUUGCAUCAAUUUUAUUAAAAAAUAGUGAAGCAAAAUCAAAUGUGACAGAACUUGGUCCACGUGAAGAUAUUCUUCGUUCAUUAAUUUUAGUUCUUCAAAAAACAAAUAAUUAUUCAAAUUAUUCACCAAUAGCUUUAUUUCGAAUUUUACAAACAAUUAUAAUGUUAAUGUGGGGACAAUCAACAUUAAUUUAUUUGGCUAUAGAACAAAACCUUCCAUCAAUAUUAAAACAAAUUAAAGAUGGGGUGUCUGAUGAAGAUAUAAAAUCUUUAAUUAGAGAUGCUGAAGGAAUGAUUUUUGCUAUUUAA